ACCACAACAAUAAUGGGUCUUCCUCAACAAACAAACACUCCUAUCGAGAAGCCCUCGACUUCCGAGACGGCAGAGGUUACUACAGACUCCGUCCCUGCUGCCGACGUCAGCACACAAGACAGCUCGCUCGGCGCCACACAUAGCUCGGAUCUGGCUGGAGGUGCCAUGGGCGGUGCCCAGGGAGAUGCUGAGAAAGCGGCGGAGAAGCUCUACGAGGAGAGAAUGGAGGAGGAGUACGCUAAGCGUGAAGGAGGUGCCUAA